AUGUCAACGCAAUCUUUGGGAGACAUUGAAAAAAUGGUUAUAAUAGUCAAAGUAUUUAUAAUAUCUGCAGAACAUAUAAAAUUAAAUGUAUCAAAUUUUAAGGUGUCUCACACCGAUUUGGUUCUAAGUCGCGUUAAGCAAACGAUUGCAUCACCAAUUAGUAAUCUACUGUUAAAAUUUGCACGUUACUUUUAUGAUGGUGGCGCUUCAAAAAACUUACUCUGCCUAUGUGGCACCAUUGUGAGUCUAUAUAGACAGAAUAGAUAUAAUAUUCCAGUUGAAAUCUGGUUACAAGAAGACCAUCCAUUGGUAGCUCCACUUGCCUAUGUGAAACCGAUAUCGAAUAUGUAUAUUUCCCCAAAUGCGCUAUAUGUCCAGGACGAUGAAGUAGUCAUUUUAUCUUAUCUUGAGUUUUGGGAUCACACUACAACUGAUUGA